CUGGCAUUGCGAUAGAUUGCAUCAGUACGGAAAUUAAGUUUGUUAAAUAGAGGAACGGCUAGAAGAUGCGUUUGACCCUGGUGCUGCUUGUUGGAGCUCUUUGCCUGGCCCUCGGCUAUGCGCUGCCGUUGGAUGAUAGUGUCCAGGAUAAUGUCCAGGAUAAUGUCCAGGAUAAUGUCCAGGUUAAUGUCCAGGAUAAUGUCCAGGAUAAUGGCCUGAUAACAUUACUGGAUCUGGCCGAUCAGCCCGAGGGACACGCCAACGAGGGCGAUCGAGAGGCGCGAGCCUUCUGCUGUGGUGGAUUUGGUCGUCGUCGUGGUUACGGUGGCUAUGGUGGCUACGGUCGUGGUGGUUUCGGCUAUGGUGGUUACGGUUAUGGUGGAUAUGGCCGUGGUGGUUUCGGUUAUGGUGGACACAGACAUGGACAUCGUGGAGGCUAUGGAUAUUAUGGACGCUAGCCUUACAAAAAGUUUUAUGUUACUUAGUCGUGCCUAUAAAUAAGUUAAACUGUGUACAACAAUACGGACCGUAAUGUAACUUGAGCUCAUAUUCAUUCCACAUGUAUGGUGAAUAUGGGCGUGGUGAAUACGCUUUUGAAGCUUCUCGACGCUAACCUCACAAUUGUUUUGCUUAUUUUGUUGUGCUCAUAAAUAAAUUAAACUAUGUACAAAAACUUGUCGCUUAAUGGGA